AUGUGCGCGACACUGUUUUACCUGAGCCGAAACGCCCAUGCGUACGCCAUCUUGGCGAGCGAGAUUCGUGGAACGUAUGACAAUGCCGACGCAAUCAGGAUGGGUCCCCGCCUUCGGAGCUGCAGGUACCUCCGUGCAUGCAUUGACGAGGCUCUCCGAAAGUCUCCUCCAGUUGGAGGCGUACUGCUGCGAGAGGUGGGAUCAGGAGGUGCCGCAGUAGACGGGAAUGUCCUCCAUGAAGGCUGCAUCGUUAGCCCCGGAAUCUACAGCAUCCAUCACAAUCCAGACUACUUUCCGAGACCACAUGAAUACAAACCGGAACGCUGGUUGUCAGGCAGUGAGCUAAACUCUAAGAACGAGAGGGAGGCGAGCCGGGCAGCGUUUAUACCCUUUUCUACCGGGCCACGCGCGUGUGUUGGGGUGUCCCUUUUCUAUUGGGAAAUCUCAGUCACUCUUGCUCGACUUAUGUUCUUGUUUGACUUCAAGGCCGCUGAGGGACCCGAUGGUGAGAUAGGUGCUGGAAGUGCAUUUUCUGGGUUUGGCAGGACGGAUCCCAAUGAGUUUCAACUGUAUGACAGAAUAGGUUCUUUAAAAUGGGGGCCUGUGCUUCAGUUCCGCCCAAGACAGAUGGCUGUUUGA